CGUGACCUUACACACGACAACGAACAAUCAUGGACGCCCUUGAUUUCAGUCUUCAUGGUUUGAUUCUUACUGACCUAGCUCGUUCAAUUAAUGCAUCUACGAAUGAUGUGUCAUCCAAUAAUGCUAUCGAAGUGAUUUCAACUAGGGUCAAAGUCAGAGACCUCACGGACGAAGCACUCGGGCAGGAACGAGCUCCAAUGUCUGCGUCUGGAAUUGAGUGCAACAUUGCAUUUGGGGAACUUGCCCUGAACGUUCCGGCGGUGAAAGUGCAGGAAACAGUGCAAGUCCUCAUCGACAUCCUGCGCGAUGUCCCUUUCAUCGACUUUCCUCAAUGUCUGACUUGGAGCGAGUGGUCACUGCCAGACCAAUUGGUGUUCACCACUGUGUCCUCCCUCUUAUGGCUCGCCUCAUCAUUUCCGGAGACCAGAACUCUGACAAUUGAUAGCAUUGGAACCUUUUCAAAACUUGCUGUGCAGUCGCUGCGGACUGAGAAUUCUCAGAGGGUUGUUACUGAUAUUGUUCCAUCGUUACAUGGAUUGUAUCGCGCCAUCACUUCUACGCCCUUCCCAUGGAAGGGGGCUGAAUGGGAAAGUUUGGCGGGUAUAACCCAGGAUCUUUUCAAACAAGACAUCGUGGAUCGUCUUAACAGCCUCCUCACUACCUUUCUUGAAAACGAGGGAUUCCAGGAGGAAACAUCUAAAGACUCACUUUAUGCACGGACUCUUCUAUCAAGAUACAUUUCGAAUGGAAGGCCCUUGUCCGGGUAUUUCGCUGUCCGCAGCGUCAUGGAGAUUCAAUGCACUGCACUGGCGCAGAUUCUUUUGUCUCCUGCACCCCAAAGUCCCGCAUCAUCAUCAUCUACCGGGAAGUCCGGUGGAACAAGAUUCUAUCCAUCUCAGGCGUCCAUCACUUCAUGGGCAUCACUAGCGGGCAAUGCAAUCGACAAGAUACCGGGAGAGUUAGAAGGGGAAUUCAAGUCUGCUGUCGUGUCAUCCAUUAACUCUGCAAUGCAGUGCUGCGCGGACCUUUUGGAGCAGAUUGAAGAGAUCGGAGACGUCAAUCCUGAAGCAUAUGCUUACGAAACCUUAUCCGAAAGCUUGAAACUGGCGACCAUUUGUUGCGUUGCUGUUGGGGAAGCCCAUGCACCAUUGCUAGAUCGCUUACGAUUGUUGCUCAGCGAAAGGACACCGAUAACAGAUGUCGACCUUCAAGACUCAGCUAUAAAAUGCGUCGUCGUACUUGUCAGAAACUUCCCAGAACUUGCCCCUUCCAUGGCCAGCCUGCUUAGACGGUUUGUCACCGCCCCUUUGCCGCCGUUUGAGUUUGAAUAUACCUCAACUGUUCGUGCACCCCCGUUGUUGAGAUCGGCAACAAAGGGUUUGGCUGUUUGUCUUAAGCUGAUUACCGGAAACGAUCUUGGGCUGUCUUAUAUCUAUUCCUUAUUCAAUUUCGUUUCGAACCCAGGGGGGCUGCACCAUAGUCUUCCGGCCGAUGCUCACGACAGGCUUAAGCAUACGGGUGGUUCUCAGCUUGACUUCAAUGAGGGCACUUUCCAAGGUUACUCCGAGGAGCAACGCAGAUUGAUUGCUACGAGCACGGUCUGCGUUAUCACGCGCCUUGCUUUAGAACUCCAAGAUGAAGACAUUACACGGCUCGCCAUAUCGAUGUUGCUACAAAGACUACAACAUCCGGAUGCACACGUAGAAGCUGCAAUUGCUUAUAACCUCGUGGAUCUUGCCCUUCCUGCUCCGGUGGAAGUCUUCUCGGAUAUAGUCAAAGCGUAUUCCAACAUGAGCAUGGUGUCUUUGCAGUCCGGAGCUUGCACUGGACGACAUAAUGCUAUUUUGGCCGCACAAACUCGACUUGCCCAAGAAUUGAAAGGCGAAGACCAGCAUAAGAUUUAUCUUUCUCAGCUUCUCAACCUAUCCAUCGAUAUAGGGACAGCUAUCCAAGUCAAAUGUACGAACGGCACCAAUCACCAGCCUGCACAAGAAGAUAUCGAUCAUCUUUCUGCCCUUGCCCUGCCAAUCGAUGCUCUUCUUGCCCACAAACCCUUUCGUCUUCACUCGUUCUCUCAAGAAGUCGUGGGUCUUUUCCAGGGAUUUUGGUUUAUCGCGGCCGUCUUCCGCUUAUCCGACCCUCGUCGGUCAAAUGAAUGGAAGAGUGCUGCACUCGCUAGAAUUGCUGCGAAGACCCCUCAGUUCGUUUUAGAAGAGUCUCAUGACUAUCUCAGCAGCAAUCUUGAGUAUAAUAGAUCUCUCAGAAAAGAUUAUGGAGAACGAAUGCUGUCUCACCACAAGGCCACACUUCUCAAUUCCUUCAAAACACGAGUCAGCGAGGUUAAGCAUCUAACCCCGGCGCAAGUGGUUUUCUUGCUCUCAAUGGACGACAUCGAGGGUCUGAGGGCGGCAGGCGGUCUGCCCUCCGCGUUGCCAGGUUAUUUUGUCAAUGCUGAUGUGAAUUCCAAUAUCCACCUCUCCGCUUGUAUGGAAUUGCUUGCUGACAGUAUCGUUGGUACUUCAGUCGAUACUCUCGCGCGUCGGGUCGUAGACCACUCUCUUGGUCCAGAAUUAAAUGACGGCCUGAAGAAUCUCUUAAUAUGGAGUUGCCACAGAAUAUCGAAGGCUCGGAUAAUUGCCUCCAAAUAUAUUGACCGCCUCGUGUCCGCAUUUCCAUCCUUGAUGUGUGAUUCGGGUUUCGUCUUUGCCGUCCUAGACAUUCUGACAUUGCUUCAGAAUGCCUGCGAAGGGCGUUACAUAGACGAGUUCAAUCCCCAACACACGUUCCAUUCGGACCGAAGUAACCUCACCAUCACACUGACCGACUCUUACACCACAAGGAAGGAAAUUCUGAUGAGUCUUUAUAGGUAUGCUAAGAAGUGGCUGUCCAUGUCCAUUGCCCGGGCUCCUAUUGAAGCUCAGGCAAUAUUACAAAAAUAUCUUUCGGAUCAUACCAGGCUACCGUUACCGAACGUGGCGGAGCUUGGCGCUUCCACCGCACUUCAAUAUGCUGUCGAUUUCGGAACAGUCCAGAGCCGAUACGUUCCGGGAUCGCCUCUCGAGUCUGUACAGCCUGAUCGAGCCAAGCUGUUUACCAGCCAGCUUGCCUCGCAUGCUCACUACUGUGGAGAAGCAGCGGGAGUGCGCCUGGCCGCCCGAAUUGGUCUCGAAGAUGUGCAAAAGUUACCUCCAGUAGAGGCACCCACGAAUGAGGUCAAGGCAUUGAAGCAAAAAAUGGUUCAAACGAUUGGUGAAAUUCGAGCCAAAACAAGUGUCUUGACGACCCAAGAUCUCCGACGAUUGCUUUUCAGAUGUGUCUCAGUAUUAAUUUCUAUGCCUGGAUGUGAAUAUGAUCUGCUUCACUACAUAGUAGUAGCGCCGUUCGAGACGCUGACACCGGCAUCCGUCGCAGCUGGUCGAGACGCUUGGACAUGGCUGGUACGCGAGCGGCCAGAUCUCGAGGUGGCGCUCAUGCUCGAAUUUGACGCUGCGUGGCUGUCAACUAUCGAGUUGCAGAAAGGAAUGUUUUCACCCUCCCUCAAUCUCGUUGAUACUUUCUUCCAUCCCGUUGAAUACUCCCCUACACAAAGGGAUAAUAUUGAAAGGGCACUGCAUUCUGCUCGUCGGCUGCUUGUCCCCCACACGAUGCUCUUGCAGACAUUGGCCAGCCGAUUGCAGGCCGUGCGAUAUCGCAUGCCUUCGCUUGUCCAUUUGAUCAUCAGGCUUGUCUUACGAUCUGUACAGGCACACAAAACGUUAAGCACACAUCCCCUUGCCCGUGAGGCAAGAUUUACCCUCCUCCUUUUCGGGUUCCAGGCCCUCAGGAAUAGCCGUAUGGAUACCACUUCCGAAUGUCAACUACGUUCAGUCCUCUAUCAAAGUGCAUUCUCGUGGUUUGCAGCUCGUCCGCAAUGGACAUAUGGCGCCAACCGGAUCCAGCUGAACAUCGACGUGAAAUUAAUGCAAGAGUUCCUCGAGACUCUGCAGAAAGAUAGUCUCCGAGCUGAUCACGAUAUCACGAGUCUUGACCAAAUCAAGAAGAAUGGAGACUACGAGAAGAUGCGGCUGGAGCAGAGUCACCUUUUGCGCGUGUUGGUGGAAAAUGAGAUCAGUCGAUUGCUUGUUUGGAAUAAUCCAGCCAAUGAACCAGGCCGUGGAUCAGAUGAACCUUCGUGGGAUCCUCUUAUUGCACCUGAUUUCUGGGCAAAGCUUGUGCGAAUCGCAUGGAAGCUUGAGGCUGGCGUAGCGGUCAAUAUGGUCGAGCGCUUCAAGGUUCCAGCAGUUGCCGCAGAAGUUUCUCGUCUGGUCAGGGGUGACCCUGCGGCAGUCGUUGACUAUUCCGAAGCAUUGACCUUCUUGCUCGGGGACAGACUGGAUGUCUCCUUGCCGAGCGAGGUCAAGAAGUACAUCUUAAUGUGGGCUCCAGUCGCGCCCGUUCUAGCGGUUUCCUAUUUCCAACCACACUAUCGAAAUGAUCCCUCAUUAUUGCAGUACGCACACCGUGUGCUUGAAGGACACCCCGUAGACGUCACAUUCUUCUACGUUCCCCAAGUGGUGCAGGCUUUGCGUGGUGAUUCACUUGGUUACGUUGAGUGGUUCGUAUUCGAAACUGCUCAGAUCUCCCAGUUGUUCUGUCAUCAAAUUAUAUGGAAUAUGAAAGCUAACACUUACAAAGAUGACGCGGGCGAAGAGCCGGACCCGAUGAAGCCAAUGCUUGACCGCAUGACAGACAUGGUAGUUGCUUCUUUAUCUGGGUCCGCAAGGGAGUUCUAUGAUCGGGAGUUUGCCUUCUUCGAAGAAGUUACCUCAAUCUCCGGAACGCUCAAGCCUUUCAUAAAAAAGACGAAGGCGGAGAAGAAGGCCAAGAUAGACGAGGAGAUGGCGAAGAUAAGGGUCGAUGUCGGUGUCUACCUCCCAAGCAAUCCCGAUGGCAUCGUUGUCGAUAUCGACAAGCGUUCUGGGCGACCACUUCAAAGCCAUGCAAAGGCGCCUUUCAUGGCAACAUUCAAAGUCCGAAAAGAACGAACCUUGAUGGCCAACCACCCAGAUUCCGUCCUCGAAGAAGAGUCUUCUCCCAUUCAAGACGAGGAAGGGAAGGAGAAGACGACACACGUCGAGAUAUGGCAACAGGCGAUCUUCAAGGUCGGGGAUGAUUGCAGACAAGAUGUCCUCGCGCUGCAGGUUAUUGCGAUGUUCAAGAGCAUAUUUGAGAGGAACGCGGGCCUCGUGCUUUAUUUGUAUCCGUAUCGUGUCAUUGCGACUGCACCCGGGUGUGGUGUCAUCGAUGUAGUCCCGAACUCUACGUCGCGCGACGAGAUGGGCAGAGCCAAGAUAAACGAUCUCAUUGGCUUCUUCGAAUCCAAAUAUGGGCACUCGGAGAGUGUGGCUUUUCAACAAGCUCGGUUGAACUUCAUCCAGUCUAUGGCUGCAUAUUCGGUCGCUUGUUACAUUUUACAAAUUAAGGAUAGGCACAAUGGGAACAUAAUGAUUGAUGGGGAAGGACAUAUUGUGCACAUUGAUUUCGGCUUUUUAUUCGACAUAGGACCUGGAGGCGUCAAAUUCGAACCAAACUCAUUCAAACUUAACCACGAAAUGGUGGUUCUCAUGGGUGGGCGAAAUUCUGAAGGGUAUCAACUCUUCGUGCGGCUCACUGUGAAGGCGUUCCUUGCUAUCCGCCCAUUUGCUGAUCAAAUCGUUGAAACUGUCCGGUUGAUGCUUGGAACGGGAUUACCGAGUUUUAAAGGGGAACCGACGAUCCAGCGACUCCGGGAUCGGUUUGUGCCUGGGAUGACGGAGCGGCAGGCCGCUGAAUGGAUGAUGGCUGUAAUUCGGAAUGCACACGAAAAUGUUCGAAGCACCGUGUACGAUGAAUUCCAAAGGAUACAAAAUGGAAUACCGUAUGCUUGAAGAACAGCCUAACCGGGCUGUAGCUUCGGUGUCGGACAGACGAAUACGUCUCGGAGGAGCCAUCACCCGUUCCCCGUUGCCUCAUUGUGUCAACAUUUGGCAGAAUUCCAUUAUACCAAUCGUACUACGCACCCUCACAUUGCUACUAAAAUGGGAGUUGUACUUAAUAGUCCGCGGGGAAGGGGCCCAGAUUUCAUCGUUUGACCUAUUAAAGUUUAACUCAUCUACACGCUCGAUCUGGAUGAAGCCGAAAACUUACCUUGAGCCACUGACUGCGUUCGUGGUGCUCAUGGGCCUUUGCGCUGAUAUAAAUAUAUAUAGAAAAAUAGUUAAAUAAUUGGUAUCCAAACUGAUGAAUUGAUUGAGCU